AUGAGGAAAGGUCUGCGGGCGACAGCGGCCCGCUGCGGACUGGGACUAGGAUAUUUGCUGCAGAUGCUUGUGUUACCUGCCCUGGCCCUGCUCAGCGCCAGCGGCACCGGCUCGGCUGCUCAAGAUGAUGACUUUUUUCAUGAACUCCCAGAAACCUUUCCAUCUGACCCACCUGAGCCAUUGCCACACUUCCUCAUUGAGCCUGAAGAAGCUUACAUUGUGAAGAACAAGCCUGUGAACUUGUAUUGUAAAGCAAGCCCUGCCACCCAGAUCUACUUCAAGUGCAACAGCGAGUGGGUUCAUCAGAAGGACCACGUAGUAGAUGAGAGAGUAGAUGAGACCUCUGGUCUCAUUGUGAGGGAAGUGAGCAUUGAGAUUUCACGACAGCAAGUGGAGGAACUUUUUGGGCCUGAAGAUUACUGGUGCCAGUGUGUGGCCUGGAGUUCAGCAGGCACUACAAAGAGUCGGAAGGCAUAUGUGCGAAUUGCCUAUCUACGGAAGACAUUUGAGCAGGAACCCUUGGGAAAGGAAGUAUCUCUGGAACAGGAAGUCUUACUCCAGUGUCGGCCACCUGAAGGGAUCCCAGUGGCUGAGGUCGAGUGGCUAAAGAAUGAAGACAUAAUUGAUCCUGUUGAAGAUCGGAAUUUUUAUAUUACUAUUGAUCACAACCUGAUCAUCAAGCAGGCCCGGCUCUCAGACACAGCAAAUUACACUUGCGUUGCCAAAAAUAUUGUUGCCAAGAGGAAAAGCACCACAGCUACGGUCAUCGUGUAUGUUAACGGUGGCUGGUCCACUUGGACAGAGUGGUCUGUAUGUAACAGCCGAUGUGGACGAGGAUAUCAGAAACGUACGAGAACCUGCACCAACCCAGCCCCACUCAAUGGUGGUGCCUUCUGUGAGGGACAGAGUGUGCAGAAAAUAGCAUGCACUACAUUGUGCCCAGUGGAUGGCAGGUGGACGUCAUGGAGCAAAUGGUCACCCUGUGGGACAGAAUGCACCCACUGGCGCAGGAGGGAGUGCACGGCACCAGCACCCAAGAAUGGGGGCAAAGACUGCGAUGGCCUGGUCCUGCAAUCCAAGAACUGCACUGAUGGACUGUGCAUGCAAGGAUUCAUUUACCCCAUUCCAACUGACCACAGAACCCAGAAUGAAUAUGGAUUUUCUUCUGCUCCGGACUCUGAUGAUGUUGCUCUCUAUGUUGGGAUUGUGAUAGCUGUCACCGUUUGUCUGGCGAUCACUAUUGUAGUGGCCCUGUUCGUCUAUCGGAAGAACCACCGUGACUUUGAGUCUGACAUCAUUGAUUCUUCAGCACUCAAUGGCGGCUUUCAGCCUGUAAACAUCAAGGCUGCCAGACAAGAUCUCCUGGCAGUUCCCCCGGAUCUCACCUCAGCUGCAGCCAUGUACAGGGGACCUGUCUAUGCUCUGCAUGAUGUCUCAGAUAAAAUCCCAAUGACCAAUUCUCCAAUUCUGGACCCACUGCCCAACUUGAAAAUCAAAGUGUAUAAUACCUCGGGUGCUGUCACUCCCCAAGAUGACCUCUCUGAGUUCACAUCCAAGCUGUCACCCCAGAUGACCCAAUCCUUGCUAGAGAAUGAGGCUCUUAACAUGAAGAACCAGAGUCUUGCGAGACAGACUGACCCAUCCUGCACGGCAUUUGGCACCUUCAACUCGCUUGGGGGUCACCUCAUUAUUCCAAACUCAGGAGUGAGCUUGCUGAUUCCCGCUGGGGCCAUUCCCCAAGGGAGAGUCUACGAAAUGUAUGUGACUGUACACAGGAAAGAAAAUAUGAGGCCCCCCAUGGAAGACUCUCAGACCCUACUGACCCCUGUGGUGAGCUGUGGGCCUUCUGGAGCUCUGUUGACCCGCCCUGUCAUCCUUACUCUGCAUCAUUGUGCAGACCCCAACACUGAGGACUGGAAGAUCCAGCUCAAGAACCAGGCAGUACAGGGACAGUGGGAGGAUGUGGUGGUGGUAGGAGAGGAAAACUUCACAACCCCCUGUUACAUUCAGUUGGAUGCAGAGGCUUGCCACAUUCUCACAGAGAACCUCAGCACCUAUGCCCUGGUUGGGCAGUCUACCACCAAAGCUGCAGCAAAGCGCCUGAAACUGGCCAUCUUUGGGCCCCUUUGCUGUUCCUCUCUGGAGUACAGCAUUAGAGUCUACUGCCUAGAUGAUACACAGGAUGCCCUAAAGGAAGUUCUACAGCUGGAGAGACAAAUGGGAGGACAGCUCCUAGAAGAACCCAAGGCUCUUCAUUUUAAAGGCAGCAUCCAUAACCUCCGCCUGUCGAUUCAUGAUAUCGCCCAUUCCCUCUGGAAGAGCAAAUUGCUGGCUAAGUAUCAGGAAAUUCCAUUUUACCAUAUCUGGAGUGGCUCUCAGAGAAACCUCCACUGUACCUUCACUCUGGAAAGACUCAGCCUGAACACUGUGGAGCUGGUUUGCAAACUGUGUGUGCGGCAGGUGGAAGGGGAAGGGCAGAUCUUCCAGCUCAACUGCACUGUGUCAGAGGAACCUACUGGCAUCGAUUUGCCUCUGUUAGAUCCUGCAAGCACCAUCACCACUGUCACAGGACCAAGUGCUUUCAGCAUCCCUCUCCCUAUCCGGCAGAAGCUGUGCAGCAGCCUGGAUGCCCCCCAGACAAGAGGGCAUGACUGGAGGAUGCUGGCCCAUAAACUCAACCUGGACAGGUACUUGAAUUACUUUGCCACCAAAUCGAGUCCAACUGGUGUGAUCCUGGAUCUUUGGGAAGCACAAAACUUCCCAGAUGGAAACCUGAGCAUGCUGGCAGCUGUCCUGGAAGAAAUGGGAAGACAUGAAACAGUAAUGUCCUUAGCGGCAGAAGGGCAGUAUUGACCAUACAGGAACUGAAAUUGAGGGACAAAAUUACACAGGGAGUCUGUGUCUAGGAGAACCACAGUUGAGGAGGAAAUCCAGAUGGGACCAAGGCGCUUUUCAGGCAAGAUGGCAGCAGGAAUGGUGGGGGACAGUUACAACCACCAAGGUACAUGCCCACUUCAUUUGGACAGCACCACCAUGGGAGUUAAGAAAAAUUGUAUAAAUUUGUACCUUGAAUUUAGAAACCAAUCUAAUUUUUCUCUUCGUUGGGCUGUAUGCUGUAUGGUACAGGAUCUUACAGUUUCCUAGGAAACGCUUUUUAUUGCUAUCCAGAUGUAUGGAUAAACUUUCUUAACAAACCCAAUUUCUACAAACGUUGUUUACAUCAAAUUGGACAGGGAUGCAGACACUGUCCAUGGCUCGUUCUAUUUUUGUUCCAAUCAUUUGAAGUUGAAGCUGUGGACGGUUUGUUGAGUCUAUUUCAGAUUAGUAAUUUACAGAGAAAUCAUAGACUUUUGCUACAAAUCGUGUACAUCAAGUGUCUCAGAUAAUCCUCCCUUCAGUGUUUUGUUUCUGAAACUUGUUGGACCAGUGUUGGCAUUUGUAUCAGGGAAGUGGAGAAUCUAAAAGGAGAAUGACUAAGAUUCCUUAUGCCAUGGAUAUCAGUUGGUAUCCUUUGGGAACAGAGCUGUAGCAUUGCAGGGAAGAUAGUGAUUCCUGUUCCUCCACUCAAACAUUUCUGUACCACAUAUGUUUAUAAUAUGCAAUUUCAAGUGUUUUGAAAAUAUUAUCAUUAUUAUUGGUGAUUAUCACAAAUAUUCUAGUAAAAAGAUUUUCUUUUGCUUUAGUUAGCAAUACUGUUAGUAUUUGGUAUUGACUAGACCUGCCUUCCUUUCGUUCGUAAAGAGCUGGGCGUGGUCACCAGUUUAGUUCAAUAGGCUUCAUUUCCUUGACCUUUGAGCUACCAUUCUGUGGUGGAAGAGAUUGAAGUGCUCACUGGCUAUGUCUGCUCUUUCUGCUUUCUCAGGCAGUCUUUCUGUUCUGGGUCUUAUCAUGAGGAAGGUUCUCUAUGUAAAGCUCAUUGAAUCUUGUGGCACUCUGUCUGAGAGGCAGUGUGGUUUGUGGGCAAUAGUUUCUGAACUAGGAAUCAGGAAACCAAUGAUCAUUUUGGAGCUGGUCACUGUCUGGCUGUGUGACCUUGAGAAAAACAUGGAAACUCACUGUAGCUCAUUUUACUGAUCCAUAAACUAUGGGGUGAGAUCUCAAGAUUCUAGAAUGCUAACCUCCCAUUGUGAUGUCAUCAGUCUUAUUCAUCAAUUUGAAGAUUUUAAGAAACUCUGGCCUGGACCAGUUGUCCAGCCAGCCUUUUGAUGAAAUACAUUGCAUCUUUCAGGCAGUAUUGACUUGAAAGAUGAUUACUUCAACAUGCAUACAUUUGUCUCGCUUGUCUUUGUAUCAUGGUCGCAUGAUGUUGUACACCGAGAGAUGGCAUCCUUUUAUUAUCAUUAUCUUGUCCUCUGGUGGUGGUAGGGCUACACACCAGCCUUCCAACUAGUUGUAAAUCUACUUUACUCAUAUAUUGAUCUCAAGACCAUUUCUAAAAAAUACCCAUGCUGCUGAAGUAAUUGGUAGUUUUUCUUCCUUCAUUAAUCUUUGCUUUAAUAAUGGUCAAUUGUAUUUACAGAGUUUAGUUAGCUCUUUUAUCCUACAAAAUGUUAAUAGUUUUGCCAGCUAUGAGUUUUUCUUAGAACCAUCAUGGUUUGUUUUACUGUAGGAAUGCCAUUCAGCGCAUGGAGAAUGAAAAUUUAGCAGUCCCAGGCACAGUUAGACAAACAGGGAGCACCCAUGUCCUUAAAUCCGAGCCUUCAAAAUACGACUGUGGCUUACACUGGGGCCGGAAGUAUCCAGUAUGCAGAAUGGUGCCAAUUAGGAAUCAUCUUACCCAUUUCCUCUCCUAUUUCUGUUACUUCUUGAUAUUCUCUGACUCUUCUGUCUUUGCCAUUAAAGAACUGUGGAUACGGUUGUGGAGGCUCUUCAUUCCCACUGCUGACCUUUUCUUUUGGAUAUGUAUUCUACAAUCGCAUUCUCUAACCAUUAAAAUAUUCAUACGUAAAAAUACUGGUCUAAGGGGAAUGCUGUACUUCUAAACAAGUUCAGUGGCUGAUGUCCAUAACAAGGAGUUUGUUCUAACCUUUAAGAAUUCAGAUAUAUUCUUAAAAUGCAAGAGGAAGAAGGAGUUGUCCACUGCUGCCUCUUGAAACAAACGUGAAGAUUCCACUUUCAGUAGGGAUUUGGGAAUCAUAGAAAUCAAAAUCUAGAGAUCUGGACUGGAUGUUUUAUGUAACUUCAGUGCUUUGUAAGUAGAGAAGGGCAGAUGUGUUGUUGUUCUGGUUAAUCUAUCCUAAAAACUGCUAAAUCACCAACAGAAAUACCAAGUGUAACCGAACAACAUUGUUGAAGCUUUUGAGGUCCUCAUGUUCAAGCAUCUAGAGAUACUUUUUUAUUCCACCUCUUCCAACAGGAAUAGGAAGAAUGACUGAUCUCUUAUGAGGUACUCAUUUGUCACAAAACCACUUUCUAUUAUGUGCAAGACAGUUUCCAAACUAGAGCAUACCAUCCAUCAGCUAUGUAUGGUAUUUUCCUUUGGAGGAAAGUAAUGGUUGUUAGAUCACUGUUUUCCAAAACGCAAGGUUCACCUGCCACAGUUCAUUUCAGAGGGAGCAUCAUCAUCACCUCUGCAGCAUGGCCAGCUCCCACACAGCCUCUGAGGAAAGCUGCAUUUGGGUAGAAGCCUAUUCACUUGUGUAUUGUGCCAUCUAGUGGUCUGCCACAGUUACUCAGUUUCAUGUACAGCUUACUAAAAGUCCACAAAGAGUAAGUAACUAUAGAAAUUAGUGACAUGGGGAAAUUUUACUUUCAAGUGUGUAAUUUCCUUAUUCUAAUAUUUGUUCAGCUAAAUUGCCCAUUUCAAACUUUUCUGAGUACAGUAUAUCAUCUACUUGCUCAUACACCUCUUAAGUUACUUUCCUGUAGCAGACAUAUAUGAAAUUUAUAUAAGUCAUUGAAAGUUGUCUUUUUUAUUAAUCCCACUGAACUUUGCAUAUUUGAAAUCUUUUCAUUUCAAAGUAAUAACCAUUAGAAACAUAAACCGGAUUCAUUAAGGAGGUGCCCUCACCCCCCCCCACACACACACACAGCAUCUCCUGGGUGGGUGGGGGUCAUUGAUUUAAUAUUUUCAGAUAUAUUCUGGCUAUCCCAGGACACCCUCAGACCCAUGAUCCUAUUUCCAUAGGUUCUCCUUUAAGCCAAUACCACUACAUAUACUUUAAAAAGGUUUUGUAAGUGAGAAUUCUGUCUUUGGAAAGGGAAAUUGUGACUGUUGGUCAAGAAUGCUCUUCUGAUCUUCUAAGAUUAGGAACGUAAAGGCAGAGCCUUCAUGUUCUCAUUUUUUUCUCAUGGCAUUAAUUCAAAUUGACAUGAUAGCUGAGGACAUGGCUAUGACAAGCAUGUGUCAAGUAAUUCAUAGCCAAAUAUCUUCAAAGCAGACACCUUACCUCUGCUAUACAAAGAGCCCAUCUUCACCUGAGCAAAUUAAUCUCUUCCAAGAAAGGAUGCUUUGUGGGAUGAGAGGUCCAGGAUCAACUGUAUUAUUAGCUAUUUUCAUAUAUGCUAUGAUUCUGUAGUUUUUAAUUAUUAAACUAUCAAAGAGUAGAGACUUUUAAAGGGAAAAGUCACAAUGACUACAUUUAGGGCCCUCUAGAUGUGUAGAGUCCAGGUAUUAGACAUUCAGUUGUUUUAAAGACAUUUUUCCUAAAAUAAAUUGGAAAGGAAACAUUCAGAGGGUGGGAUCUGGACACAUCACUUCCGGAGAAAAGAAGGCAGGCUCUCUUCUUACAUCUACUGUCUCUGUGGAGGACCUGGCAGCUGUGUUCUUGAGUCGCUCACACCUCCACAGUCACAGGAUGGUGGGAGCUUAUCAGAAUGGUGUUCUGUCCCAGAAUCCAUACAACCCUGCAGUCCAUGCUCUGGGGCUAAUGAAUAUAGAACCAAGGAAGGAUGUUGGAGAGUAUGUGGUGAAAGCAGAAAAGGUUUACUUGGUCUGAGUCUUCCAGAUGAACAUGAAUUCAAACUGAGCAAUUGUUCUGGACAAGUAACCCCUUUCAGAUAGCAAUGUCGGUGUAAGUCCAAGGCCAGUGGCAGAAAGGAGGACUACAGAAACACAGUGAGGGUGGAAUUAUGCUUGAGACGUCCUUUUUUUGAGAAGCUUUGCAAAUCAGAACAUCAUUGUUCAAGAGAGUCAUUUUUAAAGAUGAUAAAGACCAAUGAGCAUCUUAUUUUAUAGAUCCAAAAGGAAAGAUAUUUUUAUUAUUAUCUCAAGUUAACAAAACUGGUUUUGCCUUCUGAGUGCCUCGUGGGACCAACUAUCUUACCCCUUUGGUUUUUUAUUUUUAAAACAUACUGAGCUGACAUUGACUGAAAACCUUAUAACUCUUUCUGUGCAAUGAAAUGCUGUCUCUAUACCCCCAAGAGAUCUCUUUGCAUCACCUCUGAUUAUACUGAUGACCUUGACAGUUCCCUGAUAAUUUUUUAUGGAAUUAGGACUAUGGGGAAUAUUCACAUUAUAACCAAUACUAAUUUAUGUUCAUAUAGGCUAAAUAAGCCAGGUGAAGUCAUAAAUAUUUCCAAAAACCUGGAAAUUAAGUUCAUUUUUUAAUAAGAGUGGAGAUGGCCUGUAUGU